AUGAAUGCAGAAGAAGUUAACGAAAAUUCAAAUGACAUCAAUGAUUAUGAUGCAGAAGAAGAUUAUAUCAGCAAACUGAAAAACAAUUACAAAACAAAAGAAUUAGCUGAACAGGUGGAAAAACAAUUAAGCGUCAAUGGAAACGAAGAAACAAUUCAUAGAGAAAAACUUCUUCGUGAAUAUAUUGAAGAACUAGAAGGAGCCUUCAGGAAAAAAGAUGACGAAACGGAAACGCUAAAGAAACAAAUGAGAAAUAUGGCUUGCAAUUUUGAAGCACUCAAAAAGCAAGAAAAAAAUGAUGAGAUGAAAGCUUCAACAUCCUCUGCUAAUGCAAUGAUGGUUCCAAUAUCUUCUGCAUCUGAUCCAAAGGCUCGAACUAUCCCAGCUGGUUCAACAAAGGAUCCAAAUUCUUUUGCUGAUAAACUUAUUAACGCCAAAACGUCCGAUGAAAGCAAUCAGAAGAAAUCUGUCGCUGCAUCCAGCAGUGGCUUUGCUUCAAACCACGUGAUGGUUAAUGAAGAUUUAUUGGAAGAAGCGGUAUCUUUGUUCAGCAAUCCUGAACUUGUCGAAGCGGAUAACACAAUCUUCAUAGCAUUCGUUCCCAAAGGCUACCCAAGAGUUGUCUUUGAUGAAAAUGCUAAGAAAAGCUUCAAUGAAUUGUUAACCAAAAUUGGUAACAAUUGCAUCAGGGAAGUGAAGAAAGCAGCUGCUGGUCCUAGUGAUGCAAACAGGCAUAUUUCAUCACAAAUCAUUGAAGUUAUCGAUGAAUUUGAUUUCAUUUUGUGUAAUUGU